ACGGGUUGACGAGCGCAGUGGGAGUGUGUAAUAGAGAAGAUCUAAUAUGCUACAGUUUGUGUAUUUUUUUCCCCAUCUUUAUAUAUGUAUGUUUUGUGUGUGUAUAGUAGUGUAUAUGAUUUAUAAGGCUUAUAUUAUUAGAUUCAUAGGACAGGCAUACAUGCACAGUAUUGGUGCCUUUGAAUAAAUUAAACGGUAUUUAUUGCAUUGAGUCGUCAAAUAGUAACAAUACUGCGUUAGUAUAGUUACUAUUACAGUAAUCUACAGCCUGAUGUUAAAAGCUCUAAACGCCUUUGUGUCAGUUAACUGAAAGUAGGUCAUCGCGAGUGAUGGAGCUACUGUAGGAGGGCUAUUUGCCGGUUAACCCAAUUUAAGUCCACGUUAAAAAACGCAAUUUUCCCAUCGUCCCUUGUGCAGUUUCUUCGAUCAAAGUACGACUGUAAGCUGUUUACCACACACACAAAUCAAUGGUGCUUCGCUUCGAGUCCGUUAAAUGUGACAAUAAUAUAAAUAAUGGCCGCUCCAGUGAGCACUACUCCGCUCCGGGACUCGUCUCCUUGAUCCGGGCACCUUGGCGUGGGUUUCAUUUCAAGGGGAAUAUGUGGCGGACACGUCCGUUACCUCAGAGCUAAACUACAGGAGCCAGUAGCAGCUACUGCUGCUGGGAGCGCAGCGGAGGUGACAUCACACGUCUCCAGCGCUGACAACCGAGGCACCAACCACCGCCGCUGCUGCUGCUCCUCAAUGGACAGCUAUGCCCGUGACAGGACCGCGGCCAUUAACCAAAACGGCAACCUAUCAGAGUUUUAGGACGGUCCACGCACGAAUGAUGCUGUGUAACUGCCACUAAUCCUGCUGUGGCUCACAGCUGUGCGCGGCUCUGCUCUCUGCGCUCAUCCUGCACACAGGCAACCUGCUUAUGUAUUUAUUUUGUUUUUGCAAAUUCAUUAUGGUGUCGCGCCUGAACUACAGUGAAAAAUGGCCCAUAUCGUCCGCCGUACACUUACAUAAUAUGCAGUAGGCUGGAUGUUGACAGACAAAGAUGGGAUGCAUCCGGGCUUAUCUGCAGAAAUUAAGACGCAGGGUAAAGGUGGACCGGCUCAGAGAGCUUGGUCGACAAUAUCCAGUGUUCUGCUUCCUUCUGCUGGUCCUGCUUCUCUCCACUGUGCUUUUGAACAGAUAUAUUCACAUUAUAAUGGUGUUUUGGUCGUUCCUGGCUGGAGUCGUCACUUUCUACUGCUCCCUGGGGCCUGAGUCUCUGCUGCCUAACAUCUUAGUCUCCAUUAAACCAAGAAUCAAGUCGUACCAGCAGGAGCUGUUUCCGCUGGGCCACAGCUGUGCUGUUUGUGGAAAAAUCAAGUGCAAAAGGCACAGACCGACUCUGUUACUGGAAAACUAUCAGCCAUGGCUUGACCUGAAAAUUCCUUCUAAAGUGGAUGCCUCACUCUCAGAGAUUCUAGAGCUUGUUCUGGAAAAUUUUGUAUAUCCUUGGUAUAGAGACAUCACAGACGACGAGGCGUUUGUCGACGAGCUGAGAGUGACCUUGCGUUUCUUUGCAGCCGUGCUGGUUCGUCGGACUCAGAAGGUGGAUGUGGCAUCUCUCAUCACAAAAAAGCUCCUUAAAGUUUCCAUGAAGCACAUUGAAAUUAUUAGCAAAGCAAGGCAGAAGGUAAAAAACAUAGAGUAUCUUCAACAAGCUGCCCUGGAGGAAUAUGGUCCUGAUCUCCACGUGGCUCUUCGCAGUCGCAGAGAUGAACUUCUCUACCUCAGGAAGCUGACUGAGAUACUGUUCCCUUACAUCCUGCCGCCCAAGGCCACAGACUGCAGAUCUCUUACACUCCUGAUAAGAGAGGUUUUGGCUGGUUCUGUCUUCCUUCCUUCGAUGGACUACUUGGCUGAUCCUGACACAGCGAAUCAUUUAAUUUUGAUAUUCAUUGACAACUCACCUCCUGAAGAAGCCACAGAGCCCACUUCAACACUGGUUCCUUUCCUACAAAAGUACUCCGAUACUCGCAGCAAAAAGCCCUCAGUGCUAAAGCUGGAGUUGAAGGAAAUUCGAGAACAGCAAGACCUUCUCUUUCGCUUUAUGAACUUCCUAAAGCAAGAAGGCGCUGUCCAUGUCCUCCAAUUCUGUCUCGCAGUUGAGGAGUUCAACGACAGGAUUCUGUGCCCUGAGCUGUUGGAUUCAGAGAAGAUGAUGCUUCAUAAGGAAGUGAAGAAGAUCUACGAGACCUAUUGCUUGGACGAGAGUGUUGACAAAAUCCGCUUUGACCCCUUUAUAGUGGAAGAAAUACGCAACAUUGCUGAGGGUCCUUAUGGGGAGGUGGUGAAACUGCAGACCAUGAGGUGCUUGUUUGAAGCCUACGAGCACGUCCUCUCUCUUCUGGAGAAUGUUUUCACCCCCAUGUUCUGCCACAGCGAUGAGUACUUUCGGCAGCUUCUCAGAGGGGCCGAGUCCCCUGCCAGAAAUUCCAAAAUGAGCAGAAAUAGCGUCAGUUUGGAUGACAUUCGCUCCUGGGACUGGAGCCCCGAGUCCCCGUCCUCACUGUUCACCGCCUCUGGCAGCUCUUCACCUGCAUCUUGUAACUCCCUCCAUGCCCAGUCCACGUUCACAAACUUCCCAUAUGGCUCGCUAUCCCACCGCCACUCAUCACCCAAGAGUACGUCUAAGAGGGGCGAGUCCUUUGGGAUUAGCCGCAUUGGCAGUAAGAUCAAAGGAGUGUUCAAGAGCACAACGAUGGAAGGAGCCAUGCUGCCAUCCUAUGGGCUGGUAGAGGGGGAGGAUGAUAUGGUGGAGGAAGCCAUGAUGGUGCUGGAAGAUGACCCCCCUAUGGAGGCGGCCUCCACCCCGAGCACCCCGCGAAACCUCUCAGCCUGGAACAUCACAAUCCCGUACAUUGAUUUCUACGAUGACGACAUAAAGAGGGAGCGCAUUCCAGUGUUUUGUAUUGAUGUAGAGCGCAAUGACCGGAAGGCAGUCGGACAUGAGACUGAGCACUGGUCUGUGUACAGGAGAUAUUUGGAGUUCUAUGUCCUAGAGUCAAAGCUCACCGAGUUUCAUGGCUCAUUUCCAGAUGCGCAGCUGCCCUCAAAGAGAAUAAUUGGUCCCAAGAAUUACGAAUUUCUGACAUCGAAGAGGGAGGAAUUUCAGGAAUAUCUUCAGAAACUCCUGCAGCACCCAGAGCUGAGCAACAGCCAGCUACUGGCCGACUUCCUGUCUCCUCAUAGCAUGGAGUCUCAGUUCCUGGACAAGAUGUUACCUGACGUGAACCUCGGGAAAAUCAUUAAGUCGGUCCCGAGCAAACUGAUAAAAGAGAAAGGGCAGCACCUGGAACCUUUCAUCCAGUCCUUCUUCAAUUCCUGUGAAUCUCCCAAACCCAAACCCAGCCGACCUGAGCUCACUAUCCUGAGUCCCACCUCAGAGAAUGACAAAAAGCUCUUCAAUGACCUCUUCAAAAACAAUGCCAACCGAUCAGAGAUGACAGAGAAGAGACACAAUCAGAACUACUUCAUGGAAAUGAUCACCAUUGAAGGGGUCUAUGACUACUUGAUGUAUGUUGGCAGAGUCGUCUUUCGUGUCCCUGAUUGGUUGCACCACCUGCUAAUGGGUGGCAGGAUCCUGUUCAAGAACACACUGGAGGCCUACACAGAUUAUUAUCUUCAGUACAAACUCAACCAAGUGGUCCAGGAGCACCGGCUAGUCUCGCUCAUCACCCUGCUUAGAGACUCAGUUUUCUGUGAAAGCAGCCCGCCUCGCCCCGCCCAAGACAAGCAGAGGAGAGCAAAGAAGACGUUCGAGGAGAUGAUGAGCUAUAUUCCAGACUUUCUGGGGAAAUGUAUCGGAGAAGAGGCCAAGUAUGAAGGAGUGCGUCUCCUCUUUGAUGGACUACAGCAGCCAGUGCUCAACAAACAGCUGACAUAUGUGCUGCUGGACAUCGUCAUUCAGGAACUUUUUCCAGAGCUAAACAAGCAGGUGCAGAAGGAGACGUCUGUGAUGGCUCCAUGGAUGUAAAAUAAACAUGAGCCAACAUGCUUGGCAUACCCGAGCUCAUCUGACACUAGACUAAAUCCAACGCAUAGACCUUCAUAACUGACAUGUACAGUAACUGUAUCUGGAUACCUGCUCCCACAACAGGAGGAAAGGCAGAUGGUUUCUCCUGGUGCAUCUGUCAUUAAUUUGUAAAAUAAAUACAUACAUGAAGUAUAUACUAAAUAAAAAGUCAGAAUUUAACUGACAAUUUCUUCUUUGUAUUAUUAUUAGCAGUAGAAGCUAACAGUAAAAGACAGUGAUUUAACAGUUUUGUCAGGUGUGGUGGAGGUGGAGAGGACACAAAUGACCAAGGCAGGGAAAUAAACAGCAAAAGGAAAGCCUUUAUUGGGCUAAGGAAAAAUCCAUAGUACACAAAAUCCAAAACCUACACUUGAGGGAAACCAGAAGUAUGAAUAAUGAGCAGCAGACCAACAGAUAGGGGAUAAGCAGGCACCGGGGUGGGCAGAUAAUCACAAAGGACAGACAGGAGGAAUAGGGAGACAAGACUUGUGGAAAGGAAUAAGGAGGGAAGGCAAAGGCACUGUCAGCUGCAUUUUCCAAGUGGUCCAAACAGUGGAUUUAAAUUGGCACAGUUUUUAGAUGGGAUACCCAUCCUGAUGUAGCCCAGCUCAUUUAUCUGGGCUUAAGAAGAACACUAGGAAUGCACUAACCUGAGGCUGGGUUUAUGUCUAAUCAGUCAGUUUGAAGAUGGCAUUUGAUUGAGAGAAAUGUAAAAUAUUACAAGCUUAAUAGCUGACUGCUAAUAAAGGAGUAAUCAUAGCAAGCAAAUACAUAUCACUAUACUAAUAUUUCAUUAAAGAGCACAAUCAUUUGCCCACUAAAGUUAAGUUUAUGUUGGAAUGACUACAAGAUGAACAGAAUGCACAAUGAAUAAUAGAUUUUCUUUUGGUAUUUUCAAUGUGUAAAAAUAAAAGUAGGAAAAAAAUCCUUAGAAUUUUAAAAGCACUUUUGUAAAUAUGAAUUUUAGAUGUACUGACAAAUUCACGAACUCAGUGCAGAUGAAUCUUUCAGCUUUGCAUAUAUGCAGAUCAAACAGGUCCUCAUGACAACAAAUAACUGGCUUGUUUACAAGUCCUCACAGUUUCUACACAGUAAUGCAUUCAUGUUUGUAACCCGAUGAAAACAUCAUUCUUUUUAAAGAUGACGUGCAUUCUGCCUGACCACAGUUUUUCAGGCAUUUGAAUAAUGGUAAUUAAAGAAAAUCAUUUGGAA